ACAAACAGAAGGCGUGUAGAAAGAGAAGCCACUACAGAACUAGAGAAGAAAGAAAGAAAGAAGCCAUGGGGAUGAUGGGAUCUCUCCUCCUCGUCCUCCUCCUUUUCUGCAUCGCCUCCGCCGCGGUAAGCUCACCCCUCCCCACCAUCCUCUCCGAUGAUACGAAGCCGAACGCCUACGAGGUGCUGGAGUCGUACAACUUUCCCAUCGGGCUGCUCCCCAAGGGUUGCCUGGGUUACGACCUCGACACGGACACCGGCAAGUUCUCCGCCUACUUCAACGGCACCUGCAGCUUCUCCCUGGAGGGAUCCUACCAGCUGCGCUACCAGUCCACCAUCUCCGGCACCAUCUCCGUCGGCCGCCUCUCCGACCUCCGCGGCGUCAGCGUCAAGGUCCUCUUCUUCUGGAUCAACAUCAUCGAGGUCACCCGCCACGGGGACCAGCUCGAGUUCUCCGUCGGCAUCGCCUCCGCCGACUUCACCGUCGACAACUUCUACGAGAAUCCCCAGUGCGGCUGCGGCUUCGACUGCGACGGAGCUUCCUUUUCCUCUCCUCUUCGGAUCAAAUUGAGGGGUUCCCGGCCCUUUUGAUUGAUCAAUUCCUUUUCACGGUAAAAGGGAUGCCUUUUUAAUUACUGUUAUGUAUUACCAUAUAUGGGUAUCUAGAAAUAAUGGAAAUGGAUAUAUGGUUAUCGGAAUGGUGUAUUAUUUAACGAGGUCAGAGAAACCAUUGUGUUACAAUUACCAAACAUAUUUUAGCAUUUGCAAGCUUAUUCAUGUA